CUUGACUCUUGAGUCCUGUGGUGUGCCCAACUCUGACAGGAGGAAGAUUUUCAUAUAUAUUUUACUAAUUCUUUCACCUCUGACACUUCUAUUAUAAAGGGCAAAUAGCAAUAUUAAAAUAUUUCCUCUAAUUAAUCCCCUUUUAAUAUGCACGAAUUUUGUGCACCAGGCCACUAGUAUCAGUAUAAAAGGGUUGUCAGGUUGAAAACCAAAGCCUGUUCUGUGACCUGGUCUAGAUUGGAGACAGAGAACCGAGGUUUGACUGUACUUCCUUACUCACGGAAUGGAGAGGAAGCAAGAAAAGCCAGAGCUAAGGAAACAGACACGAGACGUGGUAGGCUGGGCAUGUGUUCUAAAGCCAGCUCUGCCUACGCUGGCAGUAUUUUCACAUCAGGAACAGGAGCCUGUCUAGGGCCAGGUUGGGAGGGAGGUGAGCGCAGGGGCAGGGCCAAGCACUGAAGCAAGACGAAGGCAAAGGCCCGGCAGAAGCCAGUUCCUGGAGGCAGUUGGGCAGCUGGCAGCUCCCAGUCUCACCCGCCAUGGUCCCCCUUCUGCCCUGGCUCUCGCGGUGUUGCGGUCGUUGCCUCCUCCUGCCUUCCAGGCUGCUGGCCCCUGGCAGCUCCCAGAGAUGCUGCUCCCAGAGACCCAAGCCGAGCACAAAGGAGCAGGCCAGCUCCAACAGCAGCGGGAAGAGGUCCCCCACCGCAGGUCCUGGGCUCCCUGCUGAGCUAGCCCAGGCGGAGGAGCUGCUGGAGCAGCAGCUGGAGCUGGCCCAGGCCCUGCAGGAAGGGCAGGAGGGGGCCUGGGAGGCCCAGGCCCUGGUGCUCAAGACCCAGAAGCUGAAGGAGCAGAUGAGGAGACUCCGAGAGAGCCUGGGAGGAGGAACCUAGGCUGCUCUGGUGCCCACCUCACCUCCACAUGGGAAACACUGCACACCACCUGCCAAACACACCAGCCUCCCUCGGGCCACUGAGAAAACAGAAGACCCCUCCAGAGGG